GCGCACCCUAGGAAGCAGAUCACCCACCCGGAAGACCAAGCGAAUCUGUCUCAUAGUCAGUGGAAUGGAGUCCUCUAAUUUGUGGAAUCCAAGGACUGUUGGAUAGGGCCGCCCAGCCAGCGCGCGAUCAUCGUCGACUGGGCUGUCGAAGAUCAUAUGUAUGCAUCCCUGUCACAUCACACCUCACUCCGGUUCCCCUAUCGCACCGACUUCUGCGGACUCAGAAUCCAGGUACCUCUGAGACACCUCUGCUCAUCGUACACAGCAAGCCAAACAUUUGUUUCGUCACGGAAGGCUGGUUCAUCGGUAGCGGCAAGCGCAUUAUCGGCAGCAGCGUUGCUGCUGUGCUUUCAGUUGCCGGUUGACGCGCCUGCCAACGUCACCAGAAAAUGCCAUCUCUCCUCAUCGCCCCUCGCAGCACAUGCAGACUCAAGUUUCCCGGAUGACAUGAUGAUAGAUAACAGCAAUGCGCCACUGACCGCAAUCCCUCGAGACGUUGAGCGCUAGAUUCCCUGCUUCGACGUUGCUUGCUAACGUUAUCUUAAGGAUCUGCGGGAGUUCCUCCGCACUCCCGCGUGCCGCACCGGCUGCGUACAGCCUAUAGUAACGGCAUAAUUGCAUUUUUGGCCCUCCAAAAAUCCCUUGCUUGAACAGACAAUCUUUUCUCACCGCCGCUCCGAGUCGUGUUGGACGCUAUUAGUGAGUGCCGUGGCGCCUGGUGUGUCAAGGUCAAGGGCAGCACCGAAAAGUCAUGGGCAGUAACGAAAAAGUCAUGGACGAUCACCAAUCACCGUCUUUUCAGUGGUCUCCUCCGAUGGCUCCGAUGCUCCAGCCACACACGUUGUCACACCUUGCGCUCUGACAUCCCAAAUGUCGGACCCUGACCAGGAACGAGUGUAGUCGCCCCGCCGCACUCCGCGUCUGUGGGCCCCUCUCCGAUUUCUGUAGCGAUGUAGCG